AUGCUGCCGCGACUGCUUUCACGUCGCUGGGCAGCCGGAAGCGCCCUCGCAGGAAGCACUAUGGUGGGGAUGGGUCUCACCCCCACGCUGUUCAUGCCAGAAGCCGAGAGAAGCAGCUCCUGUCAUCAUCCUGGACUAUGCGCUGUGGUCACAGCAGAGCACGUUCGGGCACUCGAGUCCCAGGCUUUCGUGGUAAUUGAGGGCGCAGUGCAGCAAGUCUUAGGGGCUGCGGCUCUCGAAGAUGCCCGGCAGCGGGCGGCCAAGAGCUUGGCCGCAGGCCACUUCCUGGCAUCCAGCAAUCGUGGCCAGAAGGUCCGAGAUGACAUCGUGCUUUGGAUCUCCAGCGCUGAUGAGACCACAGCAGGAGGCCUGGCGCAGUGUGCAGAGCUGCUGCGCGGUGUGGCAUCUGCCGUGGAGCAGCAUGGCUACAGGGGCUCGAGGUCACAUGGGGUUCCCUUGCUUCUACAGCUUAGCUGCUUCAGAGCAGGAUCUGCUGCUCUCGGCUAUGCAAGACAUCUGGAUUGCAAUUUUCAGUCGAUGGCUGAACUGGGCGUGUUGGGCUGGCUGCGUGCAAGCGGCAGCCGCUCCCGAGUGCUCACGGCCAUGGUGUAUCUGAACGAUCCGCACUGGACAGGCGCAGAAGGCGGCGAACUUCGAGUCUACCACGGCAUGCGGUGGUUCGAUGCGGAAGACCGUGCAGGCCAGUGGCGAGAUUGUACUGACAUCUUGCCACGGGGUGGGACUCUGGUGAUCUUCGACUCGCGCUUUGUACAACACCAAGUGCUUCCGCCUCGUGGGCGCAACAGGUAUGCGCUGACCUGUUGGAUCCUGGGCCGUAGUGACGGCACUCGACACGCUUUUUGUCCAACACGUAGUCUGGUUGGAACCCGCGUGGCAUCAUGGGAGUGUACCUCAAAAGAGCCUGUCGUGUCCAACCGGGACGAGUUCUCAGCCAGCGGUCCAGCCAAGCUCUUGCAUCUCACGUUAGCUCUGGGUCGACGCGCGAAGUGGAUUGACAGAGUGAUUGACCAUGGCAAGAUGUCUUUCUGCAGCGUCUCGUCGGUGAAUCUGCAGCCUGCUGCACUUGUUGCAAUCCUGUCGGGGCACGUUGGAGCCUCUGUCAUGUCCUUCAGUGCCCUCUUGAAGAGACAUUUGUCCACAUUCUUCGUUGUGGUGCCGACGGCCGCAGAAAAGCAGUACAUCAAAUACGACGGGCCGCGGCCAGAUGAGGAGUUCCUGCAGGCCGUCCGGGUCGAAAUGGAGGAGGGCGCCCAUUCCAUGAGGCGUGCGCAGGAGUCGGUGCCGUCUGUGUAUGGUCUGCAGCUGGCGGGCAAGGGCCGCCGGCUGCAGAAAGAAGAGCCAGUUGCAUUGGAGCGUCUCGUGGCAGUGGAUGUGAACCAGCGCAGUAUCGAUGGCUACACUUCGCUGCAUGUGGCGACAGCAGCAGGCAACGCCGAGAUGGUGGCUUUGCUGCUCGAGUCUCGAGCAGAUGUCUCACUCUGCACGGUCUACCGAUCAGAGCUGCCUCUCCAUUUUGCUGCUCAGGGCGGCUAUGACAUUGUAUUGCGCCUUCUCGCAGAGCCGACGAAAGCACGAGGCCUUCUGGAUGUUGGCAACGUCACUGGCUGGAACGCUCUGCACCUGGCAGUGGCAGCACAGCACCACGGCGCAAUGCAUUUCCUGCUCAGGUACGGUGCCAACAUCAACUCCCGGAAUGAAUUGUUGGGAGGUGGCACGGCCUUGCAUGUUGCGUCACGCAUGGCAUGGUUUGAAGGCAUGGAAGCCCUUCUGGACCGAGAUGCCGACCCAAAUGCCACAGACCGUGUGCAGCAAGCACCUCUGCAUGGCGCAGCACGGAGGGCCGAUCCUCGCGCGGUUUCGCUUUUGCUCCGAAAUCGAGCUAACGUCAGCGCACCAGGCCCUGACAACAAGAGAGCAGUAGAUAUCGUGCCUUGGGAUCAUCCCAAUCGGGAGAGAGUGACGCUCAUGCUUCAAGCGUAUGCUCGGCCUCCCCCGGCGCAAACACGCAGCGAUGGGAAUUUCCACCUCUAG